UUUCCCUUCGUGAUCCAAUCGUCGGUCAAUGGUCUAGCGCUGCUCUCAUCCCAGUUGCAGCUUGUUGGCCGCAGCUUGUCGAAUCCCCUCGCACACCCGCCUUCCCCUCCCCUCCCCUCCUCACCUCACCGACGGUUGCUGUCCCCCUUUCUCCAUACACCAUGAAUUACAUCCACCACCCAUACGCCUUCCCCGGGCAUACGGCCGUCCCCAUGGAACAACAGGUGGCCUUCGAUCCGACAAUGGCGCACCCGGCGAUGAUGCAUCCCAUGGAUGGCUACCUCUACCCGCACCCGCCCUUCGACAUGGUUGACUUCUACCACCAACCCAUCAUGGACUACGAAGAGUACGCAGAGAACCUGUCUCGCCCGAGGUUGACGAAAGAACAAGUGGAGACCCUGGAGGCCCAGUUCCAGGCGCACCCCAAGCCCAGCAGCAACGUCAAGCGCCAAUUGGCUGCUCAGACCAAUCUCAGUCUGCCACGGGUUGCUAACUGGUUCCAGAACCGACGAGCAAAGGCCAAGCAACAGAAGAGGCAAGAGGAGUUCGAGAGGAUGCAGAAGGCCAAGGCGGAGGCCGAAGAAGCCGCCCGCGGCAAGUCGGAGACGUCAGAAAGCUCAGAAACGAAGCCGGACACACAAGAGUGCAAGGGCGAGACCGAGAAAGAUACCCCCAAACAGUCAGUAGAGAGCACCGGAGAGCGGACAAAAACCCCGGCUCCGUCGUCCUCCAAAUCCAAACACCAGAAGACAAGAAGUGAGUCGGCGCGGGAGGCUACCUUUGCGUCUCUACAAAGAGCACUGAACGCUGCCGUCGCUGCCCGGGACCGUUACGGUCAAGAUGAUGAACAUAGCCAACCCCCCAGUGCGGAUGGAUCGGUAUCUCCGGCCACGACGUUCUCUGGAAACAACCGGUGCGGCAGCCAUGAGGGUAGCAGGCACGGGCAGAGCGAUAUCUCUUCCUUUUCCCAGAAUGCUAUCUCGUGGACCACGUCCCAAAGUCAGGAUCCUCUUGGCUAUGUGACGUCGGGAGAACCGAUGACCAUACCUGAGUUGGACGGCACGCACGAGAACGACGACUCUCUGCACAGCGUGCAGUUCCACGCGCAGAAUGAAGAUUGGGCAAGCCACAUGUCGACCAAGUCCCUCUCGGGAUACCGAUCUACUAGUGAUGCGGAGGCUCCCUACAAUACCGUGCAAUAUCCCCUGCACCCGGAGAUGACAUUGUCCCGGCGAGGCUCCUCUGACGACCUUGCUGAUACACUAGAAGGUAUUGGGAUCAACACCCCCCACAUGUCCCACCUGGUGCAUGGCGACCGCUCCUCUUGGAAAGAGGCUGGCAAGGAACUUGACCUUGCGGCCCGGAGAAAGCGCCCGAGGCCUGCUGCCAUCGGCACCUCGAGAUCAUCUUCCAUGCUUGCCUCUACCAUGUCGCCCACGACAAGACUUCCGGGCUACGGUGGCAGCCAUGGUGUGAGGCAAUCGAAGUCCGCGCAAGGACUCAACUCCCGGUACGCGGGCGUGCGGAAGGCCUCUGCCGCUCAGCGGUCACCUCUCAACCUGUCCACAUUCGCUGAAGCCGGAGCUCUGGGCACCAAGGCUGACAUGUCAUCCAUGCUCCAGCCGGCUCCUACAGCCGGGGGGUUGGCGCCACCAACGCCGUUGACCCCGGAGGAUUUGCACCACCUGCUCCCGACCACACCCAGUGACGGUGGGUACUGCCUGUCGGCGCAACCGUCCAGCCAAUUGUUUCCCACCACACAACCGAUGCAGAUCAACAUCGCAUCCCCGCCAGCUACCCCCUUGGCAGUAGAUGUGCUCUCCUCUUACCCCUACCAGGGCCUCCCCCCGAUGUCUGCGCCGGCUCACUACACGUCGUUUGCCGACUACACCUCAUGCGAGGGUCCGCUGACGGGCCGGAGCUGGACCGACGCCACGUCAAUGCCGUCCCCGGAGGCAUCUUUCCAGAGCCCGUGCCACAUGCCGCAGCAGGACCUAUCUGGGCUGUCGUAUGAGCAGGCUGUGGACCACAUGCCCGUGACGGGGUCUCCGUCUCUCGUGUACACGACGAGUGACGUUGACAUGCCGACGGCGGCGUACUGUGACGAUUCCAAGCAGACGGAAUUCCACAUCUACGAGUUCCCGGAGCAGCAGGAGGCGCACCGGUUUGUCGCCCAGCAGCUCCCGUCGCAGAAGCCCAAAGCGUACACCUUCACCAACAACCAAACACCGAACGACUUUUAAACAGGCCUGUUUGUGCGGGCAACAUUCUUUUCGCCAGUCAAAUGUUUGUCGGUGGGACUUGUAAUAUAACCACCCCAUCUUAAUACCUUGUGAACCUUUUUGUGGCAUCAUCUGCGUUGCUUCGUGGGACUCCGAUAUAUAUCCCCAGGUCUUGUUGUUUCAU